AUACUUCCGGUCAGCGAGGCCUGUUCUUCUGCUCCUCUGCCGGCUCUACGCUGGGCGUCUCAGGUCUUUCCGGAGCGGUGCCGGCACCUCAGCGCGACUCUCCGGAAGUCUUCCCUCGCCCCGCGUCGCACGCUUCGCCGAGGCCCGCGGGGCGGUGGGGGCCGGGCCUGCCGCGCGAGGUGAAGCCCCACAGCUCAGUUGAGGCUGUCGGGAUGCCGCUGCCGGGGUCGGCGCCGCGCUGGACGGCCGCCGCGGGCCGUUGGGGCUGCAGGCUGCUUGCGCUGCUGUUCCUGCUGCUGCCGGGCCCGAGCGGCGCCUCCGAGAUCACCUUCGAGCUCCCGGACAACGCCAAGCAGUGCUUUUAUGAGGACAUCAUUCAGGGCACCAAGUGCACCCUGGAGUUCCAGGUGAUUACUGGUGGUCACUAUGAUGUAGAUUGUCGAUUGGAAGAUCCUGAUGGUAAAGUGUUAUACAAGGAGAUGAAGAAACAGUAUGAUAGUUUCACCUUCACAGCCUCCAGAAAUGGGACAUACAAGUUUUGUUUCAGCAAUGAGUUUUCUACUUUCACACACAAAACUGUGUAUUUCGAUUUUCAAGUUGGAGAAGACCCACCUUUGUUUCCCAGUGAGAACCGAGUCAGUGCCCUUACCCAGAUGGAAUCUGCCUGUGUUUCCAUUCAUGAAGCUCUGAAGUCCGUCAUCGACUAUCAGACUCAUUUCCGGCUGCGGGAGGCCCAAGGCCGAAGCCGAGCAGAGGAUCUAAACACAAGAGUGGCCUAUUGGUCGGUGGGCGAAGCCCUCAUCCUUUUGGUGGUCAGCAUAGGGCAGGUGUUUCUUCUGAAGAGCUUUUUCUCAGAUAAAAGAACCACCACAACUCGUGUUGGAUCAUAACUACGCUUUCAGACGCACCAUCGCCGCUGUAAUAUUACUGUCCUCUAAUUUUAGGUACUGAAGAACAACAUUGGCGACAUUCUAAAACCCCACUCAUACUUGUUGGGAGAGAUGUACAGUUCACAUCCCCAUGGGGAGAGGACACCUUUUUUAUUUGUAAGGGUGGAAAAACUUUGGACCUUAAUGCAGCUAUUCAUAUGAAAUAUCUAACGCCAAUGAUCUACUUUUUCUUGGUUUAUAUCUACUCUUCAUACACUCAACUUUGGUAUUCUGAUUCCUUUUAACCAUUUAAAAGUACUUUUCUUAAUAGGUAGUUGAUACUUUAAAAAAUCUUAGAUUUAAUGUGUAUUGCAGAGGAAGAAAACUGCCUUUUAUUGUUUAUAGUGAAUAAAGUUGUGUUUUUAAGAAAACCAAAUGUGAUUAACUGUAGCCAAGCCCUAUUCUGCACUGCUUAAUUUUAUGGGGGAAAAUAAUCUACUGUAGAACUUUUAGUUAAUAUUGAUACAAUUUUCAUUGAUACAUCAUGAUAUAAUUUAUUUCUUGCUAGUUUGGAAAGUGUACAGGUUUUUUGGUUUAUUUGUUUCCUUAUUCUAUCAUUUAUAACUGGAUAUGUUAUUUGUUUAGAAAUGUUACCACGACAUAGAAAAUAGCAUAAUAGACUUACAAUCAGACUGUUGUAACUGCUAGGAUAAACCAUACGAGACACUAAAAUACGGUCAAUGAAUAGAAACCUUUUUAGUGAGUUGUCUGUCAUUGCAUUUCUAGAACUUUUAUAAAGAAAAGAGGGUCUGAGUUGUUUGAGCAUUCUGGUGAACUAGUUCUUGUUCAAGUCAUUCCCAGCUUAGGUCGCCAGUUGUGAUCUAGUAUCACAUAAGUGCCAUAUGCUUUAACCUCACAAUGUGAUGCACUGAGAAGUUAGUAAACUCUUUUCAUUUUUGUCUUGUUUCUGCAGUCUCUAAUUAGCAGCUCUACAAUUUAAAAUGUAGAAUGGAGUGAAUGUUUCCUAUUUAAAGAUCCUUAGAAUUGGUUUGUACUGUUUGUGUCUUGUACCUUGUGUGGAUUAAGCUGUUUGAAAUGAGAUUUUGAUCCAAGUAUUCAGAAUAGAAUACAAAAUGAUGGAAAUUGUAUAGGUAAGCAGGCUUUUAUGCUGUUUAUAAAAGAAAAAAAAACCAAAAAUAUAGCACUCGUUUUUCAGCCUUGCCUUUCUUCACCACAAGUGAUGAGAACUAAAUGAGUUUAAUGAUACCAUGGGAUAGUGACUAGCAAUUCUAGUAACAUGACCGUCACUGACUAGAAGUUAACUCAUAAUUCUAAGCAAUCUUAAAAUGCACACACACAUAUAUACAUGUGCAAAAACUUCUGCAUGCAAGAGAAAAAUAAAUUCAAGUUGUCUUGCUUACAAAUUUCAGAUGUCACAGUGUAGGGGUAAACAUGUCUUCAACCUUUUAGGAUUCUUGAAGACUAGAUCACUACUCCUUAACAAACAGAUUAAGAGGAGAAGUUUAAGAUUUUGCAGAUGUCGCCUUUUGAGUUCUUGUAUUAAAGUCCUAUGGCUUUUUAAAUGUCCCAUCUACUUAGCUAUGAAUGUUUUAAGCACCAAUGUCAAUGUGAUUGCUACGCAUGGCACAUGUAUAAAACGUCAUGUCUGGUUGCCAGUGGACUCUUUGAAUACUUAACCUGUAAUUAAAUGGAGUCAGAUUUGGAUUUGCCAGGUUUGGCAUAAAUAAUGCCCUCAUUUAAUCUGUGCCUCUCAAAAUGUCAUGAUAGUAAACUAUUACUAUAAAUCACUUUUAAUGAAAAUGUGUCAAACUUGAAAUCACCAGUUACCUAUUUUCAGAAAUAGUAUGAAUUUAGUCUCAUUUCUCAGCUAGCUAAAUCUUGACAGCUAUCUGUUCCCUGGUAUGAAUAUAUAAGAAAACACAUACCCAUGCAUAAAUACUAUGAGAUAUUUUUUCUUCCUCCUAUGACAUAAUUCAUAGUUUGUCUUUUUCUGUAAUUCUUUAUAAGCUGUUGCAAGAGUUUAAAUUUCCCAAAUAUUUUUGUUUGGUCAUAUGACUCAAUGCAUAUUUGAAUAUCAUAAUUGUAUAUAUUUUUAAAGUAGAGUAAAUAAUGGAAAGCAACUUGAUACAUGAGUUUAUACUAAAAUUUCAGCUGGGUAAAGAUAUGUUUUAAGAUAUUGCUUUACUAUAAUCUAAACAUUCUUUUAUUCUAUUAAGAAAUGUAGUUGGCUUACAACUUUUCCUCUGGGGUCAAUAAUCACCUUUGAAAAUACAGUGGACUGAAAAGCAAUUUGUUGAAAGGUUUCAUUUAUGUCUCUGUACCAUCCAUUUUUUUGUUUCAGUUUCUAAAUGUACCAUUUAUGGUUAAAUAGAAUAAAGCUGACAAUGACUUUUGUUUUCAAAAAUUAGACAAGUUAAUUUAUAAAUAAUUCAAAGAAUUUUUGUUUACUUUAGAAAAAGAAUUUUCUCUAAAGAUGAUUCCACAGGAUUGCACUAAUCAGUUCCAUGUAAAAUUAAAGCAGGGAAAAAAUAAAUCAGCCAACUGACUUCA